GCCCUCCCUCGCCUCCACCCCCUCCCACCUUGGGCUUCACAGCGCCGAUCUGCCGUCUGCCCCUCGACAUCUCUCCUCUUGCUGUCUCCCCUUCUCUCGCCCUCCCUCCCGUAGUACCUGAAGUCCCCCUGCGAGCACAUACAUACGCCCGCACCCCCGCCAACACGCAUCAUGGAUAAUGCGGUGGUCCAGCCGAAUAUGCCCUUCCCGCCGGUGUACUGGCAGUCGCCGGUCUUUGCCACGGAGGAGGCAUUCAACGCGGCCUUCCAGGCGGACUCGCAGCUAGUUGCUCCCCCGCCGGCCCCGCCGGCCCCUCCAGCCGACGACUCUGCCAGCUCGCACCACCCCCUGCACAGCACCCCCCAUCACUCGUACCCCCCGAUCUCGACACCCGGUGCCGGCUCCCCACAUAUCCCGGUCCCAAGUGUGGGCCUGUCAGCCAUCAGUGACCAUCCGUCGCCGAUGUCCAGUGGCAUGCUCCCUGGCCAGACCCCGGGCGCCUCGAUGCCCGUUUCAUUUGCCGUGCCGCCCCCGUUGCCGGACACGUCGAUCACCCCGCUCCCGGUCUUUGGCUCUGCCUUGGUGCUGAAGCAAACCAUCCCCAAGCUCACGGAGGUCGGCUGUCAGCAGCUCUAUUCCGACGACGAAGACAAGAUUGCUGUCCUUCGGCGGCUCAAUCGCCAGCUGAUUAAGACGUUUGUGGAUCUGGUCACCACCCUCACCAAGGAUGCCGCCACACUUGUCCCGGCGCACAUCGAUCGCUUGUACCUCCUGCUGCAAAAUAUGCACCACCUGUUGAAUGAGCUCCGGCCGCUGGCGGCCCGACGCAAUGUCCUGUCCAUGCUCCGGCACCAGACGGCCAAGCGCCGUCAGCUGGGGAAACGCAUUCAAAAGGUUCGCGGCGAGUCCCAGAACUCCAUCGAACAGGUCCGGCAGCUCUUCUCCUCGGCGCGGGACCGGUUGGACUUUGCGAUCGGGAUCGCGGAAGCCGCAGGGUACCGGGCGCCGAGCCCGGUCGCAACGGCGACGACAGCAACGGCCCCGACGGCCCCAGCAGUUGCGCCUGCUCCGCCCGGCACCGAGGAUGAUGCUGGCCAGCGCGACCGGUAGCCCUGUGCCGGGACCCAUACCGCACCGGCAACGAUUCACAAUACACCUCUGCCCAUGUGCC